GUUCCGUCCUUCAACCGAGCUUUCGGUCACGUCACGUAAGGGCUUGGGCGGACCCGGCGGUCCAUGGGGCCCGUGACGACCUGCGCAAAGGAAGAUAAGGGUGCCGCCUAAAAACAGCUUUUAUUGGACACACAUCGUUGCUAGGCGCUGCAUGAUGUUCGCUUUACAAGUGCACGAAACUCAGUGUGAAAGCCUGCGCAACUGUCACAUAAGGAGCGCGGAACCUUUGGGGAGGAGGUGUAUUAUCCGAGAGGAGGAAAGCGAUGCCGCAGUGAGCAAAUAAUCUGAUCAACGCUUCGGCGCAGGAUUUUAUGUCGUUUACAGACGUUGACAUGUAUUGACCGAGGGUUUAUAAACCGACACGCGGCUUUCUGGUGAAAGUGGAGGUUUUAUGAGAGGUAACGCAUUAUUUCAUUUAAAAUUCAGUGCGGGCCAUCCUGAGCGAUUUUAGCAGGAGACAGCUGCGCACUUCGCACUUUUAUGACGGAUUAGACAGCAUGACAACCUUUGUCAGCUCCCCAACAUGGUGAGUUAGAAAGAAAUGUUGACAACGACUUGACUCUGGACACAUCAUAUUUAUUACACAGCUAAUGAAGUGCAUUUGACGAAUGGAUUUGUGAUGGUAAUGUACAAUGCGCUGGAGUUUAAGCAGCUUGCCUCGUGCUUGAAAUUGGAGAUGCUCUUGCGCAUUUCGUACUUCUAGUUUUUUUCUUUGGACUAACCUUUAUACGAAUGGCAUCAGAAUUGCCUUUAGCUAUUAUAUGUUAAAGAGUUUUGCUGUCAUUAAAUGAUGCCAAACUGCGUCAGUACAAACUGGCGUUGCAGGUGCGUCGAUUCAAGGAGGACCAUGGACACGGCUGAAUGUCACGGAUAAGUGUCCUGAAAUUCACGGAUCAUGGAAAACCUGACUGGAUCAGGUUCUGAACAGCAGCCUCCGGGCCUCCCCUCCAAAAAGACAGCGAUUUAUGAAAAUGGUCACGAACAUUCCACUCAAGUGGACCCCGCAGCUACAGCACACCGAGGGGCCAGCGAUCCUACCGCAUACCCCCUAUCGGAUUACCGGGGUCUGGUUCGGCAGAGGUUUAUACGCAGAAGUUUGUGGUUCUCCGAGUCGGAGGAUCAAGAACUCGACGCUUCGGAGUGCGACAGCAGCAGCAGUCCGAUCAAAAACGCGCAUCCGCGGAGCCCACGUAUCCAAAGGAGCGCGAACGCGGAGAGUCAAGUCGAACAAAGGCAAGAUGUAAACGAGAACUUCUGCAGAGAGCCAGAGGCCAGCGAGGCACAGCAAAAGCAAGAUGCUGAACUGGACAGGAGUGUGGGGAAGGCUGGAAGCGACGAGAACGACAAUGAAGAGGAUGCCGGGAUGAAGGCGGUAUCCACCUCUCCAGGUGGACGCUUUCUGAAGUUUGAUAUAGAGCUGGGCAGAGGGUCCUUCAAAACGGUCUAUAAGGGUCUUGACACCGAGACUUGGGUGGAGGUGGCCUGGUGUGAACUUCAGGAUCGAAAGCUGUCCAAAGCAGAGCGUCAGAGGUUUAAAGAGGAGGCGGAGAUGCUGAAGGGCCUCCAGCAUCCGAACAUCGUGCGCUUCUACGACUUCUGGGAAUCUCCUCUUAAAGGAAAGAAGUGCAUCGUUUUAGUCACCGAACUGAUGACGUCUGGAACAUUAAAGACCUAUCUGAAGCGCUUCAAGGUAAUGAAGCCAAAGGUUUUGCGGAGCUGGUGCAGACAGAUUUUGAAAGGUCUUCACUUCCUCCAUACGAGGACCCCUCCCAUCAUCCACCGGGACCUGAAGUGCGACAACAUCUUCAUCACUGGCCCUACAGGCUCAGUCAAGAUUGGAGAUCUCGGCCUGGCAACACUGAAGAGAACUUCCUUUGCCAAGAGUGUUAUAGGAACUCCAGAGUUUAUGGCCCCUGAGAUGUAUGAAGAACAUUACGACGAAGCCGUGGAUGUGUAUGCGUUCGGCAUGUGUAUGUUGGAAAUGGCAACAUCUGAGUAUCCGUAUUCAGAAUGCCAGAACGCCGCACAAAUCUACCGCAAAGUCACCAGCGGAGUAAAGCCAGCUAGUUUCACCAAGGUUAGCGUGCCAGAAAUCAAAGAAAUCAUUGGAGAGUGUAUACGCCAUCGAUGGGAGGAAAGAUACUCCAUCAAGGAUUUACUGAACCAUGCGUUCUUCGCAGAAGACACGGGUGUGCGAGUAGAGCUGGCUGAAGAGGACGAUGGCAAGAAGUCUCCCAUUGCUCUGAGGCUUUGGGUUGAAGACGCCAAGAAACUCAAGGGGAAGUAUAAAGACAGCGGUGCUAUCGAAUUCACCUUUGACCUGGAAACAGAAGUCUCGGAAACAGUUGCCCAGGAGAUGGUAGAUUCUGGCUUCUUUUUGGAGAGCGAUGUGAAGAUUGUCAGCAAGUCUAUCCGGGACCGUGUGGCUCUCAUAAAAUGGAGACGGCAGAGAAUCGUCUCGGGCAGCGAUGGACAAACGGACAAGAGCGCAACCAAAACAGAGAAGCAGAAUCUCCUUCAGGUGCCCUCCACACCAGCGGGCGGACCGGAAAUAGAGGAGCUGCAGAGUGAACCCAUCAGUCUGGUCUGCAGGGGCCCGGCCAGUGCGACUACAGCUACACCGGACAGCAGUGCAGGCUCAACGAUGGUAACAGGCCAAGAUAAUACUUCCCAGCAGUCUCUUUCCGAGCCUAUCUCCACCGCCCAAAGGAUCGUAAGCCCUCCAACACAGCUCCUGGCCCAACAGCCAUCUGCUGCACACCAACAACAACCUGUUGUACAAAUGCACCAAGGGCUCCCGCAACAAACCAUAGGCCAGCUACUCCAAGGGACCCAACAACAGCCAAGCCCCCACCAGCUCCAGGGAAUCCAGCAACAUCCCGGUGCUCCCUUGCAGCAAAUGGCACAAGCACACAUGCCCGGUUUAAUGCCUCAAGGACCCCAUCAGCUACAGCAAACUUCAGUACACCUGCACCAAACCUCCUACCAGCAGACACCUCCUUCUGCACAAAUGGUUUCAUCUAAGACGGUCUCCGCUCCAGCGACUCCUGUGCCACAAGCUCGCCUGAAUCAACAGAGCGUUCCUGCUGCCAACCUCGUAACACAGCAAAACCAGACCGCCGUACCACUAACACAGGAGUUUCAUCUCUAUUUCCAUCCCGAAGCUUUCCCACCUCAGACUUUUCAGCCCCUCGUGCCGGCACAUUCAGACGCUUCAUCUAUUCCACAGCAUCUUUUACAAUCUGCGUCUUCGGUCCUCAGUGUAAGCACUCUGCCUCCACAGCCACGGCUGAAUGUUCAGACGGCUGCGCUUCUCCAGCCCCUGCAGAUCACCACACAGUUUCCUUCGACCUAUACUCUUUUGCCAGAAGGGGGCGCACCGGCAGGGACAGAGCCAGUCUCUUUCUCCUCAGCCUCUUAUUCUUCUCCCUACCCUACAUAUGCUCCUCCCGUCUCCCCUUACUAUUCACUGAGCCCCAUCACAGCUCAUCUUCCAGUGGUACCCAUGCACAACGUACCCUGCGUGCUAGGAGCGGGUACACCCGUGUCCACCCCUCUGAAUGUGCCCGCCUCUGUACCUCUGCUUGCUAUGGCCCUGUCCCCACCCACAGUUCCCCCCGAGCAAAUGUACUCCCCCAUCCCACCACAAGAAGGCGCUCUUUUCCUAACCCAGCCCUCCUUGUCCCUCCCUCAGCAAGACCCAUCAAUUCCUGAAUUCCCUGUGGCUGUGGUUGAGGAGUACGGUCACCACGAGCAUCCCCAGGUUCUGGCCUCAGCGCACAUGAUUCUGUCUCGGAUUCAGUCUCCUCCACAGGACGGGCAGUUAGAGGUGAGGUUUACCACCAUCCAAACUGAGACCAUGGAGCCCCCUGUUGGCAUACAGAUGGGAUGUGCUGUUCCUGAGAUCACCGGCAUGCCCGCUACCACUCAACAAAUAUCUGACGCUGCAUCAGUCCCUGUUCCCCCUGCACUAGCACCCAUCCAAAUUCAAGCCAACGCUGAGGCACCUGUAUCAAUUCCACUUCAUAGUUAUGUAAUAGACAGCUUAAAUCAAGAUGCAGGGUCUGGUAAAGAGAUGAGUGACACCUACGAAGGGCCUGGCGGUGGAGCAAAGGGUGACGGCAAACCCAGAAAACACCACCGCAAAUCUACUCGCACACGCUCGCGCCAAGAAAAAAUAAACAAGCCGAAGCUAAACAUGCUAAAUGUUAGUAAUACGGGCGACAAAAUGGUUGAAUGCCAACUGGAGACUCACAAUCAUAAAAUGGUGACCUUCAAAUUUGAUCUAGAUGGGGACGCACCUGAAGAAAUAGCCACUUAUAUGGUGGAGAAUGGUUUCAUUCUACCAAUAGAAAAGGAGAUAUUUAUAGACCAGCUGAAAGACAUCGUGGACAAGGCAGAGGACAUUUUGAGCGAGGAAAUGGAUGGGGAGAAGACAUCUGAACUUGGGAAAAGUCAUUUGCAAGGACAAACCCCUGGAGAUACAGGAGGAGAGGGAAUGAUGAGACAGCAACCCGGAGCUCCUCAGCCAGUUUAUCAACAAAAUGUUUUGCACACAGGUAAGAGAUGGUUCAUCAUCUGUCCUGUGGAAGAGGCACCUGCUGUCAGUCAUGAGGCAUCCUCAGACGGGGGCCCGUCCACACAAUCUACAAUAACGGAUGGAACGGCCACUGCUCAGCAGGGCGAGAGCGCCUCAGCCCAGCGGCCAGAACCCAGCACAGGAUCUGCUUCGGCAUCCAUGGAUUCAGAAGCCUGUGCCACAGCGCCCCCAUCUGGAGGAAGUGAUCCUUAUGGGGUUUGGAGCCCUCUGUCUAUGACCACUACAGACCCUCUUUCCUUAGCUCCCCUCUCCCAAACUCCCCCUGUCCCCCAAGCGCCCGCAAUGCCAGUGCAGACCGCUACCUAUUCAGAGGAGGGGCCAAAUAUAGGCUCCGCCCACCUCAGUGCCCAACGCUCCCAACGGUGCCUGGAUCCCCACAGCUCUCUUUUUGUGGACGACACCCAGAGUGCCAGAUUAAGCUCCGUGUCCCCCAUGCACACCGCUCAGCAGAUGGCCGAGGUUGCAUGUGCCGUCUCCAUGGUGGAGGAAGUACCCUGCUGCCCCCUGGUCAUGCCACUGUCCCUCGAAGUGAACAGCGGGGCACAGCGGUCGUCUUCUGCGAUACCCCCUCCACCAUCGCAGGACGCCACAUCUGCUCGCGAACACCUCCACUCCAUCACGUCGAGUCGAAUCGAGCGUGCCCCGCAGCCUGUGGUGCUGCAGCAGCCCGUGCCCGCUGUGGCCGGUGCCAAGGCACCUUCCCUGCCCCAAAGCCCCGCCCCUUCACAGCAUCACUUUAUCCCUGGGGAAUCGGACGGAGAGGGGCGUGGCAGAGGAGGGUUUGUUGACAGCACCAUCAAGACAUUGGAUGAGAAGCUGAGGAAUUUACUGUAUCAAGAAUACGCCCCCAUGUACCCAUCUGGGAGCGCUGCUGAGACUCCAGGAUCCGGCACGGAGUAUAUCCAGUCGCCAUCGGGACCAGAGAGUGCAGUGGGAGGGUCGGGAAACAGCACACCCAGUCUUAUGGGAGAGGGACGAUUUAGAGCAGGAGAACAGCUGCCACAGAUACCUGAGCGUGUGGACAGUUUAAGUGCUCUCAGUGACUCUGCUGUUGGAGUUACUGUGUCAAGAAGACAUGUGAUGCCACACUCCACAUCCUGCUCUGGAUCCAGAAGUCGAUUUAAAAUGAUGCCGGGCACCAUAGACAUUCUGUCGGGUCAAGGGCAUAAACAGCGUAGCUUGAGCAGCACAGCGUCUCCAGCGCACCCUGGAGGCUAUUUGGGAGAAUGCGCCAUGUACGAAGAGCCAGAGAUUUCAGCCACCACCGUCGGGCGUUUCUCAGUGGUGAGCACAGAGGACGAGGUGACACGCAGGAAACAGAGCAGCAGAUAUUCCGCCCCACCUGACUUUUAUUUAGACGCCCCACCUCCCCUGACCAAAAGAGACUCCCUGCCGAGGGCACAGACCUCGAUCUCAGCCGACGUCACCGUUCACGCCCGCUUCAUGUCAUCUGACUCUGGGGCCGACAGCAGCCCUGCCAAAAUGGCACCCACGACGCCCUCCCGCCAUGGACGAUCCGAAAGGAGAGGAAGUGACCUCAUGAAAAGAGCAGUGGCGUUUCUGAGACGCUCGGGACGCAGUAGCAGCGUGCAGAGCUCUGAUUCGCCGAGCAGAAAGGGGGGCGUGUACGGAUCCUACGUCAGCAGUGACAAUGACUCGGAAAUGGAGGAUUCAGACGUAAAGAGGGAAGUUCAGAGACUGAGAGAAAAGCAUAUGAAGGAGGUUUCAGAACUGGAGGCACACCAAAGAGAAGAAAUUGAGCUGCUGUAUAUCAGACUGGGAAAACCACCACCGCCAGGUCUUUACAUCUCGUCCACAGCGCCCCCUCCUGGACGCAAACGCAGAACCAGCAAGCACAAACUGAAAGCUGGCAAACUGCUCAGUCCGCUUGUACAACAGCUGAGAAACGUGGCAUCUAAAACCAGCGAUGGCAGCAAAACCAAUGAUUUAACAAAAACUGCCGAAGCUUCCCUGAGCCUGAAUGGUUCUCCCGCCAAAGCUCCUAAUGUAUGUGACGGCCGGGGUCAUACCGGGACGGGGACUCUGCCCUCUUCUGUAUCCGAGCCGGUUCAGACCCAACAGCCCUGCUCUCUGAAAGGAUCUCUGUCCUCUGACAACAUCUACUCCGGUCCGCAGGGUGAAGGGUCGAGGCCACGCUGCCUGCCCGCUCAAGUAUCCACGAGCCAUCACUGAACCCACUGAACCCUCUCCACACCCUCCACCUCGUCCGGUGCGGCCGGCGUCCAGUCCGGUGCGGUGCGGCCGGCGUCCAGUCCGGUGCAGCCGGCGUCCAGUCCGGUGCGGCCGGCGUCCAGUCCGGUGCGGCCGGCACCCAGUCCGGUGCAGCCGGCACCCAGUCUGGUGCAGCCGGCUUCCCAGCCGGUGAUCCAGCCGGCUUACCAGCCGGUGAUCCAGCCGGUGAUCCAGCCGGCGUCCAGUCCGGUGCAGCCGGCGUCCAGUCCGGUGUCCAGUCCGGUUUCCAGUCCAGUGUCCAGUCCGGUGCAGCCGGGAUCCAGCCCGGUGCAGCCGAGAUCCAGUCCGGUGUCCAGUCCUAUGUCCGUUCCGGUGUCCGUUCCGGUGUCCAGUCCGGUGUCCAGUCCGGUGUCCUGUCCUGUCCAGCCGGUGCAGCAGCCGGCCUUCCAGCCGGUGCAGCAGCCGGUCUUUCAGCCAGUCUUUCAGCCAGCCUUCCAGCUGGCGUCAAGCCCUGUCCAGCCGGCCUUUCAGCCGGCCUUCCAGCCGGUGACUCUGCCGGCCUUCCAGCCGGCGCCUAACCUUGUCCCCCCCAGGACUUCCCCCCCUAAGUCCCCCAGGACUCCGCGCCCUCGAGCGCAGCCGGGGAUUAAGACUGUCCCACCCUGUCCUAACCCUUUUGGACUGCCCCCCAUGAACCCUUGUCUGUCCCCACCCCCCCUCCCAUGUCUGUUGUUUUUGUUGUCUCACCCCAGCCCCGUUAUCAUUUUGUCAUGUUUACCGUUGGUUAUGUUGUCUAUAUGUAUUUGGAUCGUGUCUGUCACCCAGUCUGUCAGGUCUUGUUUGUCAACCCCUUGGUGAACACCUGGGGGUGUUCAUUAAGGGGGGGGGCUCUGUCACGGUCCUGCCCUCUUGUUUCUGAGUUUCUAGUCGUGUGGCAGGAUCGGGACAGAGCCCUUAGGUUUUAUGUGAGAAAGCCAUGAGUUGUUUAUGUUUUUACUUCUCAUGUGCUUUCUCGUGUCUCGUCAUUGGCCCCGCUCCUCUCGUUUCCUGUAUUGCUUCCCUGCCGUGUCUUAUGUUUCUCACCUGCCCUGUGUAAUUAUCCCUCGUUUGUCUUUCCUAUAAAUGCCCUCAUGUUUCUUUGUCCUGUGCUCGUGGAUUGCAUUGUAUUCCUGUACGUGUCCCGUGUGCCUUGUAGCUUGUACCUUGUGCUUGUGAGUAUUUACCUUGUCUUGUUGGCUUUUGGUUUUCCUUCCCCUGCCCCUAGACGUUGUGUCGUGUUUUGUUUUGUUUCGCCCCACCGAGGGAAGUGUUUUGUUUCUAGUUUUUGUAUUUUAGUUCGUUCCUGUUGUUGACACCCCCUCGUGGGUAUUUCCUUUGUUUGUUUAUUGUAAAGAAUAAAAUAUUUCUGUUAACCCCUUCACCACCACCUCCCUGCACUUGGGUUCUUCCACGCCGAUCGUGACAUUAUAUUUAUAUUUUUACUUAUACUAACGAUUUAAUACUUUUAAUAAUUAAUUUAUGAAAAUAAUUAUAUUCAUUUUACAUGU